CCGGCCUCUCACGCGUCGUUUGCGAGAGGAGCCUAAAGGUGACGUCUCGCUCUCUUCCGUUCCCGUUUAGACCGGCGGCGGCGGAGCACCCGAUCCCGCUUCAGUUCUCGCGCCCUGAUAUGGCUGAGGCGGCCGAGAACCUGUUGAAGUCCGGCGAGGUCUCCGCUAUGAUCCGCCAAGGCUUCAUCUCUUCCCCUCGCCUCUCCCCCACGUCCUCCCCUCCGCCGCCUGCCACUGCGACGGCGGUCCACCCUUCCCCUCCGCGCCCUUCGGUCCCGUCUCCCAAGUCUCCUACCCUCUUCGAGAUGAUCACGCAUGAGGACCUCGCCCGCCGAGUCUCCUCGCGGACUCACCCCUCCGGCGACCAGAAGCGGCUCCGUCUGCUGGAGAGGAUCGCCGCGAUGAUCGCCAAGGAGGGCCCCGGUGACGUGGAACUUUCCGUCAGCUCCGGCGACGGGUUUCGAGUUCCCAUGGCAGUACACCGCCGGGUGCUGGCGGCGGGGAGCCGGUUCUUCGCGGAGAAGCUGGCGGGGAUAGGAGGCGGGCCGGGGCGCCCGGUGAUGGUGGAGAUCUGCGACUGCGAUGACGCGGAGGUGUACGUGGAGGUGGUGGGGCUGAUGUACUCCACCGAUCUGAGGCGGAGCCUUGCCGGUGAGGACGUCGAGAGGGUUCUAGGACUGCUCAAGGUAUCUGUGGAUAUAAAAUUCGACGAUGGGAUUUCGGCAUGCCUUGACCAUUUGGAAGCCAUACCUUGGUCCGAGGAUGAGGAGGAGAAGGUAAUGUCUACUCUCAGCAAGCUUCCGAUUCGGCAAUUACAUGAGUCGAUCGAACGAGUCCUACAAAGGGUUUCGGUGGAGCCUUCGACUUCUGCAAAUGCCGACUCCAUUGUGGUAAAUGUUCUGCAUGGUGUUUUGCAAGCUAAGGACAAGAAAUCUCGUCGAGAUAUGAAAGCCUUAAUAGCUCGCUUGCUUAGGGGAGACCUAAAUCGAAGUGAUAUCCGCUACAAGAAUCUUGAAGUCCCGAGGGAAACCCUUUACCAAUUGUGCCACAAACAUAUGGAUUGUCUUAUGCUGUUGUUAUCUGAGGCUGCAAAUAUAGUUGAAGGUCAGGGGGAUCGUGCUGCCUUGAUGGGUGAGGUCGCUCGAGAAGCUGAUAACGUGCAGUGGCUUGUUGACAUUCUGAUAGAUAAGAGGAUUGCUGAUGAGUUUGUGAGUUUGUGGGCCAAUCAGAGUGGGCUCGCCACUUGCCAUUCCAAGAUACCAUGCAUAUAUAGAUUUGAGAUCAGCAUGAUCACUGCUCAGCUGUGUGUUGCAAUCGGCAAAGGACAAAUUUUAGUGUCCAAAGAUGCAAAAGUUUCUCUUUUGAGGACAUGGCUGGAAGCUCUUUUUGAGGACUUUGGUUGGAUGAAGAGAACUUCUAGGACUUUCAACAAGAAGAUGGUAGAGGAUGGGCUCUCUGCGACAAUCUUGACGUUGCCCAUGGCAGAACAACAAACAAUUUUGUUGAGAUGGUUUGAUUGUUUUCUGAAUAAAGGUGAUGACUGUCCCAACAUCCAAAGAGCCUUUGAGAUCUGGUGGAGGAGAGCUUUCAUUAGACAGUACGCAGGGGAACAUGAUCACUCUCAUCUGCAGAUGGUUGAUUCCGAUAACCACAUAUAAAGGUACUCUCACUAAGUAUAACUGUAUCAAUCCAAUGAUGUCAAUAGUCGUCAUGCGAACACUAGAUAGAAGCAUUCUUUUCUUUGUCCAUACAUUUCAUUUCUGCUCAUGAUUGUGUUGCGGAGUCAUUCUUUUGAAUUCCGUUGGAAGGGAAAACAAAUGAGAGGAUGAAUACUUCCCAUGAACGGUCAUACGAAUGAGAAAUGCAAAGUUUUGGGUGAAGCAUUAUUUUAGUCUUACUAUGAUACUGUUGGUAGUUGAUCCAUUGUGUGUUUUCAAUCUUUCACACUAUCAUGUGGAAAGUAUGAAUGCAUAUUGCAAUAUAAGCGCACCGUCACAACAUAUUUGGAUUGUGUAUUCAUUGCUAGACAAUAAUAAAAUGUGAGACGCUCCGAGACAGUAUAUAGCAGUUGAGAAAUGUCACAUUAAGGAAUUGAAAUAUAUUUAUCGGGAAAAUGACAUCAUUUAGAGAAGUAGAGGUAUUAAUUUGCAUUUC